CUUAGGAAACAAAUUAGCAAGACUAGGAGGGAUUAUUUAUUGUUUUUAGCAAUCCCACAUCUCCCAAGCAUAUAUAUACGAGUUUUUCCAAAAUUGAUAAACAGAGUAAACUCUUUCUGUGUUGCUUGCGAAGAAGAAGAAGGCUGGAUGGCAGGAGGUAGCAUAGAUGGAAGUAGAACUGAUUCCAAUUCUGUGGAUAGUGGUAGCUUAGAUGGAAGUAGAACUGAUUCCAACUCUGUGGAUCAUUCGCCAUUCCAACUCCGAGUCCAAUGGAUAAUUGACAGAUUUUCUCAGAUGAAUACGAAAAAGCUCUAUUCAGAUGUAUUUGAAGUUGGGGGCUAUCAAUGGCGUGUACUAAUGUUCCCAAAAGGGAACAAUGUGGACUGUUUGUCCAUGUAUUUGGUUGUUGCAGAUUCAAAUAGUCGACCCGAAGGUUGGUCUAAAUUUGCACAGUUUAGCCUGGCAGUAGUUAGUCAAACCCAUACUAAGUACUCUCGGAUAAAAGAAUCGCAGCACCGAUUCAAUAAAGAUCAUAGUGAUUGCGGUUUCACGACCUUCAUGCCUCUCGGUGAAUUCUAUGAUCGUUCAAGAGGGUAUCUUGUGAAUGGUACUCUUGUAGUUGAAAUUGAAGUAAUAUGUGAUGCAGAUGAAAAUGACACUGCCGAGCAUUUAAGGGAGAGGCUGAAGAAAGAACAGGAAGACCUCUGCAAUAUUAUUGAAAAAUCUUCACAGGCUUUGUCCGAUGGGUUUGUGCAGGAGUGGUUGAAGAAAGAACAAGAAGACCUCUGCACUAUUAUUGAAAAGUCUGCACAGAAUUUCUCUGAUGGGUUUGUGCAGGAGAGGUCGAAGAAAGAACAGGAAGACCUCUGCACUAUUACUGAAAAAUCUCCACAAAGUUUGUCCGAUGGAUUUGUGCAAGAAAGGUUGAAGAAAGAACUUGAAAACCUCUGCAAUAUUAUUAAAAAACCUGCACAAAAUUUAUCUGACGGGUUUGUGCAGGAAAGGUUGAAGAAAGAACCUGAAAACCUCUGCACUAUGAUUAAAAAAUCUGCACAGAAUUUAACUGACGGGUUUGUACAGGAGAGGUUGAAGAAAGAACCUGAAAACCUCUGCACUAUUAUUAAAAAAUCUGCACAUAAUUUAUCUGACGGGUUUGUGCAGGAGAGGUUGAAGAAAGAACCUGAAAACCUCUGCACUAUUAUUAAAAAAUCUGCACAGAAUUUAUCUGACGGGUUUGUGCAAGAGAGGUUGAAGAAAGAACAGGAAAACCUCUACACUAUUAUAAAGGUGGUGCGAGAUGAAGACCUUGCAGAACAGAUUGGAAAUGAUAUAUAUUUUGAUCUUGUAGACCAUGACAAAGUGAAGAGUUUCCGUGUUCGAAAGAAUACAUCAUUUAACAUUUUCAAGGAAGAGGUUGCUAAAGAGCUUGGCAUACCGGCUCAAUUCCAGCGCUUUUGGCUAUGGGCAAAGCGUAAAAAUCACACCUAUCGUCCAUUACGGCCAUUGACACAAAUUGAGGAAGCUGGACGUGUUGGGCAAUUGAGAAAAGUAAAAAAGGUUAAAGAAGCAGAAUUAAAUUUGUUUUUGGAGGUGGAGCUUCGGCUGGAUUUACGCCCCAUUGCACCGCUCAAGAAGAGAGACGAUGAUAUAUUACUUUUUUUCAAGUUAUAUGAUCCUGAAAAAGAGGAACUACGAUAUGUUGGAAGGCUUUUUGUGAAUCCAUAUGAUAAGGUAUCAGAAAUCUUAACAAGGUUAAAUAAAUUGGCUGGUUAUGAUCCUGAUGAAGAGAUUGACCUUUAUGAGGAAAUUAAGUUUGAACCAGAUGUGAUGUGUGAGCCUGUUUACGAGAGUCUUACAUUUCUAGAAAGCGAGUUAGAAAAUGGUGAUAUCAUAUGCUUUCAGAAAGCUUCUGCAACGGAUAACAGGAAUCGUAUCCGUAAUCCUGACGUGCCUUCAUAUUUGAAAUAUGUGCACAAUCUUCAGGUUUUUACUGAACAUGAAGAAUUGUUGGAGAAGCAAAACAAGAACAUUAUAGCUGAAGAAAUUAAUGCUAUGAUAGAUGAGAAUGUCAUUGCUGCAAUUGACAGAGUUUUAUCAGAAGGCAUUACCAUUGCAGUACAAUCUCAGCAUUCUGCUCAAGGACGAGAAGUCUCAUUCUCACUCCCUGAGAAACUUCUUCAGGAAUUGAGGGAUAUUGUGUUUAAAGAAGAUUUGGUUCAAAAAUUUAAAAACGGUCUCACUCCUGAAAUUGACUUCAACUUAGUCAUGGAAAAAAUUGACGCCUAUGCCGACCUCUUUUCCUCUCACCAAUUAGAACAAGUCGGUGAUGUUAAAAACCUUCUCAACAACUUUGUGAGGGUAUUUGAAAAAAUGGAAAGUUUGAAAAAAAAGCAAGACUGGGUUAAGAAAAGCACUGACAAACACAAUGAAGCAUUGAAGAAGACAAGAGAGAAAAUAUUGACCUCACAGACUUCUUUCUCAAACCAUCAAACACAACUCAACUCUCUUGAUGGUGAGAUUGUUGAUCUUAAAGCCAAACUUGAAAAACUACAGAUCGACAGGGAUAAUAUUGCUGAGAUUCAAGAUCAAGAGAAAGAUAAGAUUACUUCUUUGAAUAAAGAAGUUAAAUCCAUUUUCCAUCUUCUUGUAGAUGAUCACAUCAAGGUUAAAGUUGUUGAAGAUAAGAUUCCGGAGGCUCAAGCCGAUUUGGAAAAUUAUGAGAAGCUCUAUCAAUUCAUGAGGGCAGCACAAUCAUUUUGAUUUUAUGCAUUUUGAUUUUACUUCAAUGCUUCCUAGCUUUCCAUUUUAGUAUUAAGAAUAGUUGUCACAAAUUUAUUUAUUUAGAAUGAAGACUAUUUAAUUUGAGAUAUACGAUUUAAUAGUAUUCAAAUAAAGUCACCAACUCAAAAAGUUCUCCCUUUGG